CUCAAGAACUCGCUGCAAAAAGCUUCGUUAAUAAAAAGCUUUAAGACGAUGCUGAAGAAACCAGUUUAAUGACAUCAGAAUGAAUUCCCAACACCGAAUGUUAAAAAUGCUUAUGACGCGAAAAUGUUGGAAGAAAUCUGUCGUGUGGCAAGGUGUCAGGUGUUACAGUAUCUUGGGAAGUUUCAUUGAAAAAUGUCGUAUACGAAGAUUCUUUUGCAAGUGCUUCUAUUUCUUUCCAUCUUUGUGUUAAAAUGUCGGUGCAAUUCGUGCAAAGAGGAGUAUGAAUUCAGCGUAAAAUGCAACUCAUUUGAAGAUCUCUUCAAGUACCCAAAUCCAGAGAAGCAAGAAUCCAUCAGGGUGACAAUUGAUUCAGAAGAUGAGGCCAAGAAACGGGAAAUGGAGCCUUUUAUAUGUGAUGAACCAUUUUUUCAAAAGUUCACAUCAGUGACCAAUAUGGAUCUCGUCAAUGUCCGUGUUCUUCACAUCAGUAGUGAUUGCUUCGAGGGCAUGGAUGCCGUUCGAGCAAUUGAUUUGCAAGCAAAUGCCUUAACAUCAAUUGAAAUGGAGAGCUUUAGGACGUCCGAUGAAAUGCAACUGCGUGCAAUUUUUCUCAACAACAACCACAUUAUUAAAAUUGAUUUUACAGGUGUCAUCCUUCCGGAGCUCACGCAAUUUGAAGCCUACACAAAUCGUCUGAAGUUGGUGAAGUUGAAGAAUGAAAAUCUCCCCAAAAUCACCAACAUGUACUUGGGCUACAAUCAAAUAACUAAAUUUCAAAUUGAGAGCAAUUCCAUGGAGAAAUUAGACUUAUCCUACAACAGGAUAAAAUCAUUCAAAGGAUCCAAUCUUGUACUACCCAAUUUGAACCUAAUCUACCUCAAUGACAACUCUAUAGGUACCAUGACGCCAGAUAUGCUGGAAAAUAUGCCCAACUUGGAGUUCAUCUACCUUGCUCACAAUCUCCUCAAAACCGUCUCCUUUCCAACAUUGAAACAAACCAAUUAUGUUGAUUUACGAUACAAUCGCUUCAGAGGCAUUGAUAGUAUAUAUCUAAAAACUCUUGGGAAAAAUUAUGAUUUACUUUUGGAUUCAAAUAAAAUCUUCGGAUUGGAAAAUCCCGAAGAUGAGAGACAAUUUGAAAAUCUCACCAGCAUAACUUGCCAUGCGUGCUUCAUUAACAUAAUUGAACCCUUCUUUAUAGCCGAAGCAUUUAAGAACUUGAAACAUUUAACUCUACCAUCGAAUGCCUUGAGAACCGCAAACAUCUUCCGGACACAUGGGGAAGAUCUCAAACUCACAGGCAUCGAUUUGUCGUUCAAUAAAAUUAGAAAAAUCGGCAGGAAGGAUUUUAUGCGUAUUCCUGCAGUUAUGCACAUUUCCUUGCAUAACAAUGAAAUCUCUAAUAUUGCUCCAGGAGCUUUCGACACGUUGCAAAAGCUAGAAAGUCUUAGUCUUCAAAAUAAUUUAUUAUUUCAAUUGGCAUUGAAUCUCUUUGAGAAGACAACGUCGAUCAAUGUUUUGGUUCUAUCAGGCAAUAAUAUGCCAUUCUUCAGUAUUCCCGGAUUGCAGGAAGCAACAGGAAAAAUCGUCAGUAGCAAUAGCACCUUGAAUAAAUUGAACACACUGAAUAUUCAAAAGAAUCCCCUUCAGUGCCAAUGUGUGGACUUAAUUCGUUCGUGGGCUAAAAUGAAUGGGAUCUAUUUGCGAAUAGACGAUAAAGAAGUGAGGAAUGGUGUAAAGCCAGCUUGCAUCGUCAACGAUCAAGGAUGCAAAUCGAACGUUGGAAAGGAAUACAUUAAGGACUACUGGCAUUUAUUUAAUGACGUCAAAUUAAAUAAUAUCUUUGAAAGUCAGGAUGAGGAUGAAGACAAAUAAACUUACGCUUAGAAAUCAAGUCCAUUAAACAAGCUGUGAAAAAAAACCUUUAAAAUACUUUUUUUAGAACAAUGAAUAGCCUAUUUCACGGCAUGUAUUUGAGAUUAUUGAUAUACAAAAUGGUAAUAACGUAAUGAAGAGAAAUCAGU